GGUGUGUUGUGAUGACGCAAGUGGCGUCGCUCCGACGGGGGAGCAGGAGUCGGAAGCGGCGGCGGCGAGCGAAGCUGAAGUAACUGCUGUGUUACCAUGGGGGCCGUGCUGGGGGUCUGUUCGCUGGCUAGCUGGAUUCCAUGUCUAUGCAGUGGUGCCUCAUGUUUGCUGUGUCGAUGUUGUCCAAACAGCAAGAAUUCCACAGUGACCCGUCUUAUCUAUGCCUUCCUCCUUCUUCUCAGUACGCUUGUUGCCUGUAUCAUGCUAGCACCGGGAAUGGAAGAGCAGCUGAAAAAGGUGCCUGGUUUUUGUGAUGAGGGGCUUCAUACCCGGCUACCACACAUGAAUGGCUUUGUCAACUGUGAUGUGCUGGUUGGAUACAGGGCUGUCUAUAGAAUCAGCUUUGCCAUGGCAGUGUUCUUCUUCAUUUUCUCUCUUCUUAUGAUACAAGUGAAAACGAGUAACGAUCCGAGAGCCUCAGUGCACAAUGGGUUCUGGUUCUUCAAAAUAGCUGCCAUAGUUGGUAUCAUGGUUGGAGCCUUUUACAUUCCUGAAGGGCCUUUCACAACAGCAUGGUUUAUUAUUGGCACUCUUGGAGCCUUUUGCUUUAUCCUCAUCCAGCUGGUGCUGCUUGUGGACUUUGCUCACUCCUGGAAUGAGUCCUGGGUUGGGCGAAUGGAGGAAGGAAAUUCCAGGUGUUGGUAUGUGGCUUUAUUUUCUUGUACAAGCUUGAACUACAUCUUGUCGAUAAUUUCUGUUGUGCUCUUCUAUGUAUUCUAUACUAAACCUGAUGGUUGUACUGAGAACAAGUUCUUCAUUAGCUUUAAUAUGAUCUUGUGCAUUGUUAUCUCCAUCGUUUCCAUCCUUCCGAAAGUUCAGGAACAUCAGCUUCACUCUGGCCUCCUCCAGUCCUCUGUUAUUAGUCUCUACACAAUGUAUCUCACUUGGUCAGCUAUGUCUAAUGAGCCUGAUAGAAGCUGCAACCCAAGUUUGUUGAACAUCAUCACACAGAUAACUGCACCCACAGUAGCUCCAGCUAAUGCAACUGUCAUACCUGCUACUCCAGCUCCAUCAAAGUCCUUGCAGUGGUGGGAUGCACAGAGUAUUGUUGGACUUGGUAUCUUUGUUCUUUGUCUCCUGUAUUCUAGCAUCCGCUCUUCCAGUAACAGCCAGGUGAACAAGCUGACUUUGUCUGGGAGUGAUAGUGUCAUGCUGAAUGAUGCUGUGGGAACUGAUGGUGGGUCUGUGGAAGAUGGAGAAGUUCGUCGGGUAAUGGACAAUGAGAAAGGGGCAGUUCAGUACAGCUAUGCUUUCUUUCACUUCAUGUUGCUCCUUGCCUCUCUCUAUAUCAUGAUGACACUCACUAACUGGUACAGCCCUGAUGCAGACUUCAAAACUAUGACAAGCAAGUGGCCAGCCGUCUGGGUGAAGAUCACCUCAAGCUGGGUCUGCCUCCUUCUCUAUGUCUGGACCCUCGUGGCUCCUCUUGUCCUUACCAAUCGGGACUUCACUUAAAUGUUUGUGCUUGUCUGGGAUCAUGAAAAUGCCUGAAGUUUCUCUGCUGAAAGCCAAAAUGUCAUGUAUUGCUUUGGUUAUUCCU